CAAAGCCAGGAGCUGCAGAUGAGUGGCAUCCAGAAUAAAGUCUGGGUGUUGGGCGGGACUUUGCUGCUGGAUAAUAUACUGGAAGGGCCUACAGACGUGAACUUUCCAAGAUGCAGGGAGCAGUUUUUCUCCUGGGUCUCCUGGGGGCCAUGUCAGGGAGAGAAGCGCUACAUCUUGUCCACUUGCCAGCUACAAGCACCGUGGCUGAAAAUUCUCCACCUGAGACGCCAGUGCACAAGUUUUCUGUGAACUUAUCAGCCUCGCUGUCUCCUGUGAUCCCAGGGUGGCCCCUGAUCAUCAACACGAGCCCCCUCACUGAGGCCUUCAAAGUGAACUGGCUGUCAGGCACCGACUUUGAGGUUGUCACCACGGGGAAGGAACAACUAGACUUUGAAACAGGACCAAACAUAUUUGAUUUGCAGAUUUAUGUUAAGGAUGAUGUUGGUGUCACUGACCUUCAGAUCCUGACCGUCCAGGUAACAGAUGUGAAUGAGCCGCCUCAGUUUCAAGGCAACUUGGCUCAAGGUCUAGACCUCUACAUACUGGAAGGAACAAACCCGGGAUUCAUUUACCAGGUUGAAGCCUUUGAUCCGGAAGACAUAAGCCGAAACAUACCCCUCAGUUAUUUCCUGAUCGUCUCCUCAGUGAACUUCACGAUGUCUGCUAAUGGGACCCUUUUCUCCACAAUAGAAUUUGACUAUGAAGCAGGACCCAAAAGUUUCCUUCUGCUUGCGGGAGUGAGGGAUAGCCAAGGGCUCGAAGCCUCCACAACGCUCCAGGUGAACAUUGUGAAUGUCAACGAUGAAAUCCCACGCUUCACCAGCCUGGCGCGAGUGUACACGAUCGCCGAGGAGCUGGCUUCAGGCACCAUUGUGGCCAAUGUCACCGCGGAGGACCCCGACGACAAGGGUUUCACCAGUUUCCUGCUCUACAGCAUCACGACUGCUAACCGCUAUUUUGUGAUAAACCAGUUGACGGGUACGAUCCACGUGGCCCACAGGCUAGACCGAGACGCAGGUGAAUUAAGACAAAAUCCCUCCAUUUCUCUGGAAGUUCUGGUGAAGGACAGACCCUCGGGAGGUCAAGAGAAUCGCAUGCAGAUAACCUUCAUCGUGGAGGACAUUAAUGACAACCCGGCCACGUGCUCCAAGACCUCCUUCAGCAUUAUGGUGCCUGAAAGAGCAGCCAAGGGGACGUUGCUUCUGGACCUGAGCAAGUUCUGCUUUGAUGAUGACAGCAAAGCACCAAACAACCAAUUCAACUUCACCACGCCAUCUGGAGUGGGGAGCAGCGGCAGAUUUUCACAGGAUCCAGCUGGCUCUGGGAAAAUCGUGUUGAUUGGUGACCUAGAUUAUGAAAAUUUAAGUAAUCUAGCAGCUGGCAAUAAGUACACCAUGAUAAUCCAGGUGCAGGACGUUGCCCUUCCUUACUAUAAAAACAACAUCUACAUUUAUAUCUUCACAAAGCCCGAAGACGAGUUUCCUCUUGCCUUUGACAGACCGUCCUACGUAUUUGAGGUGUCAGAAUUAAGGCCAGCUCGAACCCGGGUUGGACUAGUGCACGCCACCGAUCAAGACUUCCCCCAGAGCAGAGUCGUGUAUUCCAUCUCCACGGGAGGAGCCAGCCUCCAGUACCCAAACAUAUUUUGGAUCGACCCCCAGACAGGAGAACUCCAGCUGGUGAUGAGAGCAGACUACGAAACAACCCCCAGCUAUAUUCUCAGAAUCCAGGCCACCAACGGCGAGGACAGCAGCUCAGUCACUGUAACUGUGAACAUCCUUGAAGAAAAUGAUGAAAAGCCAGUUUGUAUGCCAGACUCUUAUUUCUUGGCCAUCCCAGUGGAUCUGAAAGUGGGCACGAACAUUCAGAAUUUCAAGCUGACGUGUACCGACCUGGACUCCAGCCCCAGGUCGUUUCGUUACUCCAUGGGCCCAGGCAACAUCAACAGUCAUUUCAUCUUCUCUCCCAACGCCGGGUCCAACAUUACAAGCCUGCUCCUUGCGACACGCUUUGACUAUGCCAGUGGGCUUGACAAGAUCUGGGACUACAAACUACUUGUCUAUGUAACCGACGACAACUUGCUGUCUGGCAGGAAGAAAGCUCAGGCUCACGUUGAAACAGGGACGGUGACGCUGAGUAUUAGCGUCAUUCCUCACCCCACCACAGCUGUCACCACAACCCCCAGGCCCAGGGUCAUCUACCAGGUCCUGAGAAAAAACGUCUAUUCUCCAUCAGCGUGGUACGUGCCUUUUGUCAUCACUUUGGGCUCCAUAUUGCUUUUGGGACUCCUGGGGUCCCUGUUCAUCCUGUUGGCCAAAGCCAUCCACAGACACUGUCUCCGCAAGACUAGGAAGCACAGGAAACUUCCGGUGAAGAGAGGAGGUAAGGACCACGCCGAUUCCCUCUGACUGUGGCGGCUGCUGUUGUUGGGGUUUUGCCUGUUCUCUUGUACUAAUCAGAAGAAUUCCAACUCAGCAGAGAAUCGGGGUGUAGUUCUGUCUCAGGGCGUUUUCAAUCAUGUCUUCUGCGGCUGAAAUGACGCAGAGGUCAGAUGUCGCCAGAGAAAGGGCAGGGCAGGGCACACGGUGCCAUGUGCGCACUCGGAUCUCUCCUCUGAGUCCUGCCUGGUCCCUACCCGGGAUUGCCUUCUUCCAGCGGAACGGAGGCACGUGAGGUCUGUUCCCUGCCAAGCGGGCCAGGAGUGAAGAAUUCUGCAUGAGUGAGACACAGACAGUAUCUACUGGCUGUUGCACUUGGAGGGGUGAGACGGCGCCGGAGGACAGCGAAUGCUCUGCAUGGGACAGAUGCCUCUUUUGCAAGAACAAAUAACACUUUAUUCCCAGAUUGUAACAGAUUUGAUCAUUUUCACAAGUUAUUUGGGUCAGGCGAGUGGGAAGGGGGGCGGGGUACAGCUAGAUGGGCAGCGAGAGCUGAGCCGCUGGUGAGUUGAGCAAGUUCCCCCCUGAAUAAGGACACCAAGCCUAGGGGGAUGAUAGAUCCAGCCCCGAAAGUUGCUGCCUUGAGGGUAACCCAGGCUAUGGAGAAAGACAGGACAGAGAAUUGGGAAGUGUGUUUAAAAAAAAAAAAAAAAAAAAAGCUUUUUUUUUUUUUUUUAAGAUUGUAUUUACUUAUUUGAGAGAGAAUGAGAGAGGAGUAGGGUCAGAAGACAAAGCAGACUCCCCACUGAGCAGGAAGCCUGGUGUGGGACCCGAUCCUGGGACUCCAGGAUCACGACCUGAGCUAAAGGCAGUUGUUUAAGUGACUGAGCCACCCAGGCAUCCCCAAAAAGAUUGUGUUCAUCACUCAAUCCAUAGGCAUGCCUGGCUGAUGUGCACAAGGCACUCAGUGGGGUUAGAAAUUUGACUAUAAUGGUGUUGAUCACAUCAAAUGAAAAGAUUUUAAUGAGGUCUUCGCAGACUGUUGCCCACCCUAGUUACUUUCUAAAAAGGGCACGGGGAACAGAGGCAAGGAAUCCUCACAAUAUGAACAAAUGUAUCAACUGGAUCUUUCUUUCUUAUCUUUCCGUGAAAAGCUUAUUACCCAGGUCCAGUAAUAGGAGUAAAUUGGGAAAAGAGUAACAUUCCCCCCCAAAAUUCUGUACAUUAUUAUAUGAGUGUGCAUGUGUGUGCGUAUUUUUCUGAGAAAGUAGAAAACUGUCAAUAAACAUUUCUACAGACAGGGCACCUGGGUGGCUCAGUGUGUUAAGCCUCUGCCUUUGGCUCAGGUCAUGAUCUCAGGGUCCUGGGAUUGACCCCACAUCGGGCUCUCUGCUUGGCGGGGAGCCUGCUUUCCCCUCUUUCUCUGCCUGCUGCUCUGUGAUUUCUCUCUCUCUCUGUCAAAUAAAUAAAUAAAAUCUUAAAAAAACCCCACACAUUUCUACAGACAGAGAAUUGCUUGUUGGGUCUGCAAUACUAGGUUCAAAGCCUGUUGAAGAGAAAUCCCAUUGUAGAGGUAGAGUUUUAAGGUCAAUUUAGUGUCCAAGGAGCUUCACUUCUAUCUGUUCUACUCCCUGCAGAAAUGAAGGAUACGAGGCCCGAGGUUUUGGUGGAAACAAUCCAGAUGAACUCUGUCUUUGAUGGAGAAGCCAUCGACCCAGUUACUGGGGCAGUAUAUGAAUUCAACUCAAACACGGGAGCCAGAAAGUGGAAAGAUCCCUCAACCCAAAUGCCAAGAUGGAAAGAGCCUGGCCCCCAGGGAGCUGCUCCCAAUAGAGUUGUUGCUGGGGAAGGGGCCAGGCCACUGAGGAGCACCAGUGAGCAACAUGGGCUGAGCAGCAAAGCCCCGGCUGAGGACAACCCAGUUCCAGAAACCAGGAUGCCAAGCCUGGCACCCCAAAGAGCAGAAACUCAGCCCUCACGGUCAGGACUUCCCCCAAACUGCACCCAAGAAAGUAAGGGGUAUCUGGGUGCAGGUCCCACAUCGCAGCAUGGGGGAGGGGAGUUGAGUAUCCCUGGGAGACUGCCUCUCCCUAAUUCCUACGUGGGCAGGGGUGGGAGCACCAGGGGUGAAAACAUGGGCUGAAGGACUCGGAGAACCAGGGCCCCAAAUGGGAUGUUUAAAACACAUGUAGUUGCCCUUUUCUAAGAGAGCAUGGGAGAAAUUUCUUUUGGGUCUCUGUCCUCUGAUCAGAUAAACUGUUAACUUUUGGAUGUGGAAUCAUGUUUCUUCUUCGUGUUGACUGCUGGGAAGCUCUGUAGGAAGCACUCAGGGACUUCCUGAUGAAAACACAGAGGGCUCCCCUUCCAGUGGGUUUCACCACGAUCCCCUGCCCUUAGUGUAACACCGCUCCGAUGGCUUCCCUGAUGAACACACCCAAAGCCACACAUCUUCUUAAGUCACCUCAAAUCUGUUUCAAAAGAAGCAAAGCAGUGAAAGAAAAACAGACGCAUAAAUAAUGAGAUAUUCAUCUGGGAAGACGAAAACACAAUGGACACCUUCUUGUAUUCUUUUUUUAUGGAGGUAUGACUUAUAGUCAGUCAAGUGCACAGAUCUAAGCCAUUCCCCUCAUAAUAGGCUCCCCUCUGAGGCAGCCGCUAUUCCGAUCUUUAUCAUCAUAGAUUAGUUUUUGCCUUUUCUGAAUUUCUAUAAAUGCAAUCAUACAGAA